ACCUUUGCGACAAGAAUACAACCAAAUUCUCACACAGCAUGAACAACACUGGGAAAGAAUGGCCUCUCAUGGAGAGACAGAGCACAAAAACAGGCCCUUCAGCCCACCGAGUCCAAGCCAACCAUGAAGCACCCAUUGGUAAACUAAUCCAACCUUAACACAUUUUAUUCUCUCCACGUUCCCAUCAAUUGACCCCUUUCAUUCUAUCUACCUAGACUCUAAGAGCCAUUAGCCUGCCAAACUAUGCACCUUUGGGAUAGGGGGGAAACCACAACAUACAAAGGAAGCCCACAGACUUAGAUUUAGAGAUUUACAGCAACGUAACAGCCCCAAUGCAUGUGUCCAAUUCACCUACUAAAGGCCAAUUUAUACUUCUGCAUCAAGUCUACGCCAUAGGUACAGCGUAGCCACGUACCCAACACCGUAACCUACACUGUAGCCUGACGCGCACCUCCCCAAAAAUGUAACUACGUGUCGCGGCGACGCAGACCUCAACAACUGUGAUUGGUCCGCUUGGUAGCAUCGCAUUUCCUCCUACACAUUUCUGGUUGCUUCUGAACGAUGAACGAAAUCGUCAAAUCUACCUGCCGACAUCCGAAAAUAUUUGAAAUGCACUUCCUCGUCCAUGUCUCUCAGUGGCCAGACAGGCACAGAAAAUUCACCCUCCAGCCCCAAUCCGUUCAAUGGUCGUACACACCAUCUCCUCCGACGUCUUCUCUCUUUCCUGCGUUGCAGUAAUUUCAAUAAAAGUAACUCUUGUUCAACAUUUAUUAGCUCCGACUCCAACACGAUGCGCUCAGUUUCAGUCGCCAUUGUUUGAAGUACAGAAAGAAACUCAACACAGUGGCAUAGAAACCUCACCGCCAACUAGCGUAUUGGCGGUGAAUUGCAGAGCGGCGCAGAUGCACCAACGCACAAGUAUAAAUGCUCACAACAGCGUAGGGUAUGGCGUAGAGCCUACGCAGAAGUAUAAAUCAGCUUUAAUCCGUACACCUUUGGAACGUGGGAGGAAAUCAGAGCACCCAGGGAAAACCUACGUGGGCUUAGGGAGAACAUACAAAUGCCUUACAGACAGUGGUGGAAUAAAUCCAAUAGCAUAACAGAGACCGCUAUGCUACCGUGCCACCUCCUAAUGUGGUUCACAUGGAAUCAUGCAAACUCCACACAGACAGCAUCGGAAGUCAUAGUCGAAUUAGGUCGCUGGCAGUGGCUCUAUCUGUUUCCGUAGGGUCUGCUACAUCCCGUUCAUUGGGACGUCAGUAUCUCUGCCAGCAGCAGGGUGAGCAGCCUGGACCAGACACUACCACUGAAGAGUCACGAGCCCGCAAGCAUUCAGCAGAGUACCAUCAAGCAGUUUGCAGCAUCCGUGGAAUUGUCCUUGUUUCAGGUCAGCACACUUCAUGCCCCAAUAUGACGCUAAUUCUUUCCCCCCACCACUUCCACUAACAGAUACCACUCCACUUGCGGACCCUCUCCAGCCAUUUGUUUUUGUUUUCUCGAUCCAGCUCCUACCAUCUCGUGUCUCCUCCUUCACUGCCUUGAGCGGCUGCCCAGUCUGAGGAACCGCUUGGCAUCCGCAUAACCUCCGGAAUGUUCCUGGGAGAUAAGGAUGCUGCUAAUUAAGCAGUUUCUCUGCACACAUUUGCAAUUUCUGCACCCAGUGGCUGCUUUAUCAGGGCCUCUCAGAAACUGCUGACCUCCUGGGAAUUUCAUGCACAACAGUCUCUAGAGUUUACAGAGAAUAGUACAAAAAAACAAAAGAAAGCAUCAGUACAGAACCCUGAAAUUCAUUUUCUUGAGGGCAAUCACAGUAAAUGCACGAAACACAAUAAAAAGCAGCGAAAGCGACCAAUGUGCAAGAAGAGAAACAAACUGUGCGAAUACUAGAGGGAAGAGGAGAAACAAAAGAAAAAUAAAACAGGGAGAACGGAGCCCCACACAUCAAAGUUGCUGGUGAACGCAGCAGGCCAGGCAGCAUCUAUAGGAAGAGGUGCAGUCGACGUUUCAGGCCGAGACCCUUCGUCAGGACUAACUGAAGGAAGAUUCACAGAAGACACCACGGUGGUUGGCCUGAUCGGAGGGGAUGACGAGAUGGCCUACAGGGACGAGGUCCAGCACCUGGCCACGUGGUGUGCCGACAACAACCUGGCCCUUAACACCCAGAAGACCAAGGAUACCAUUGUGAACCUCAGGCAUGCUAGGAGCCACACUCACGUCCCCACCUACAUCAACGGAGCUGUGGUGGAGCUUGUAUCAAGCUUCAAAUUCCUUGGUGUCCGCAUUUCCGAGGAUCUCACCUGGUCCCUGAACUCCUCCAUCCUGAUCAAAAAGGCGCAACAGAGCCUUUAUUUCCUGCAGAGCAUCAAGAAAGCUCACCUCUGUCCCAGGAUACUGACGGACUUUUACCGCUGUAUCAUUGAGAGCAUACUCACCAACUGCAUCUCAGUGUUGUAUGGCAAUUGUCCCGUAUCGGACCACAAAGCACUCCAGCGUGUGGUGAAAACUGCCCAGCGGAUUAUUGGCACCCCAUUGCCUACCACUGAGAAUAUCUAUCAUAAACGCUACCUGGGCAGGGUGAAAAGCAUUAUCAAGGAUGCAUCUCACCUUAACUAUGGACUUUUACUCUCCUCCCAUCCGGCAGGCACUACAGGAGCCUCCGCUCCCGCACCAGCAGACACAGGAAGAGCUUCUUCCCUGAGGCUGUGACCCUGCUGAACCUCACAUCACAGCGCGAAGCAGUAUUGCACCCAUAUUGUACUGUCUCAGUACUUUUAUAUUUGUGUGCUGUAGCACUUACUUUUUACUCACAGUUACUUUGUAAAUAACACUAUUCUUUGCAUUACUGGUCAGAUGCUAACUGCAUUUCAUUGGCUUUGUAUCUGUACUCGGCACAAUGACAACAAAGUUGAAACUAAUCUAAUCUAACAGAGCCACAGCGUUAUCAGAAAACAGAGGAUGGGGGGGCGAGGAGCAGCAGAGGGAAGUGGAAGUCAGAAAUAUCUCUUUUUUGGGGUGAGGAUCUUGACUGGGGAUUCGGAACUUGAAAUGGUCUAUUAUUGUCACAUUUACAGUGAAAAGCUUCAGUGCACGCCAUCCAGAAAGGUCACUUCAUGCACAAGUACAAUGAGGCGGUAAAAGAGGAUGCAGAAUGUAGUGUCAGAGAACGGGGAAGGGAAAGUGCAGGCAGACAGACAGACAGUGCAAAGGAAAUGGAGGGACCCGACAUUUUGUUGAAUGCCUUGCUGUCAUUCCUGAUGGCUCCAAUCACUUGCAGCUCAAGCCAUAGGCUAGGGA